AUGACGCGCGCUCAGCAGACAAUCUCCAUUGCCCUCCUCUUCACCUCACUCUACUUGGCGGUCUUCAUGGAGAUAGUGUCUUUCCCCGAGAAGAUCCAGAAGGAUGUUGUCCCUGUGCUCCCAUUCUGGGCUCUCGUAUCGUUCGGCGCAUACCUUCUCUUCAAGCUCGGCUGGGGAGUCUUCACCUUCAACGACGUUCCGGAGGCACACAAGGAAUUGAUGUCGCAGAUAUCGCAGGCACGCACUGAGCUCAGCGCGAAGGGAGUGGACGUUGGUUCCGAUUAA